UGAUCCUCCACGCUCAUUAAGCCCCCGCUCAAGCACCAGUGUAUCAGCCGCCAUGGUCUCCUCCGUCCUUGUAGACGCGUUAUCUGACCCGACAAAGACCCUCGUGGAUCUCUUUGAUCCCACGGACUCUAAUGGCUUCCCUGCAAAAGUCACUUCACACUUUGCCAAUAUCUUCGCGUCAAAGGACGCGUUUUCGGAGAUACCAAGCAUCUAUUCAGUCGAUCCAACUCAACAAGAUCGACCUCUCGUGUUUUUUCGCGCCAUGGUUCAAGACAAUUCGUUCUCUCCGGAGAUGUAUCUCGCAAAACGGAACAACGGCGAAUGCGGAGGCUGGGGUCUCGGCGAUGACGCGUCUGGAGACGUGGAUUACACGAAUCUGAGAGAAAACACAGUCGUUUGGGCUGUCAAUGUUCCAGGGGAAAGCCCAUGGGUCGCCUCGGAAUGCGAUGAGCUAGCCACGGAUUCCUCUUCUGCACACUCCGUGAUAUCAGCAACUCACCCGCAUAAGUUCCCCAUUCAGGGUGCUCCUCAUCUUGGAGUACAGGCCAAGAUCUAUGACAGUGCUUGUGCACAACAGCUCAAAUCCACUGACAUAGUCACUCUGGUGGGGUUAAUGACAAUGGAACCGUGCCCUUGCGGUCGAAAUAGAAUCUUCGGACGGGCUGCAGUGGUCCCGACUCUACAUGUGCUUUUCAUUAGACCGCUUGCCCCCACACUCAUUCCGCGUUCAUACCCAUUCUUGUCCAUCUCGAACUCGCAGCCGCUGCGGCAGGAACUGAUCGAAUGGAUUGGCAACGAGGGCCUGGGUGGGGACCUGGAUGCUGCCGAGUGGGUGCUGCUAUGUAUCAUAGCCAGAGUUCAGUCCCGAACACCACCGCUCCUCCCUCCUUCACUCGUUCUCUCGCAGUUCCCGGCGCCAAAUGGUUCAACAGGACGUCCCAGGCUAGCGAGAAUUCUUUCGAAUUUAGUCCCGCUUUUCCUUGAACUCGAUCUCUCACUUGAUAUGCUCAACACGACAGCGUUCUAUCCCGAGUCGAAAAACGAAGACCUCCACAGUGGCCGGUUGCAGGUUGCGCGGGGGACCACAUAUCUCAUCACAGAAAGUGAUGUGUCGGAGGGCGCUGUGCUCGACCGUGGGCUGCGGAACAUCCGUGCAGUGCAGGACGCGAUGUCGACACAAACACUGGACUACGUUUUUCCUUUCAGCUCCUUCUCUUUCAACACAGACUUGAUCUUCAUUGUUGUGUCCGAAGGCAAAAAGAGCGCCUUUUUUGAGACCCACAUCAAUGUUCCGCUACGUCCUCCAUCCAAGGCUUCGCUCUACGGGGACGUCACGGUGAUGCCUAGCGAAAGAAGUUGGCCGACUUCAGAAGCUGGAUCGGCGGAGCGCGGAUUGGGAAUGUGACUAUUGAUGAUAGGGUCGCAGAGUAUAUCCAGGAAGAUUUCGUGGCAGAGCGAAAGUCAGGCGCGUCGACAGUAACCUCAGACGGCCUGAUCCACAGAAUGACAGUCGCAAGGUUACUGACCUUAUCGAGGCACGAGCCUAACAUCUCGAUUGAGGUCUGGAAUCGGGCCAAAGAGCUGGAGGAGAAUAGAAUUGCCAGGCUUAUGACUCUUGGGGAAAAGAUGAGAUGAUGUAUUUCAGCUACUCUGCGGACGGCCGAGCUGGUUUUUUCCUGCUUCCAUCCAGAUUGUGCCCAGCUCGUGCACGACUGCAACCAGCACAUCUGCACCAUCGCUGGAUCUUGACCACUCGCUUCGAUCACUGAAUGCUAUCCCUUUCAGAACCGACCCACCGGAUUGUGAUAACGAGCUGAUUGGUUGCUUUUGAACCUGCCCUGAACUGAAUCAUGUGACCAGAUGACACUGGCAAGGAAGACUUGAAGUCAGACGGGAAAGUGUAUCCAGUGGUCAGGUCAACGAUACGAGUGAUAGCCAUGCCGGUAAUAGCCGUGGGAUAUGAUGGCUUUGCGCUUUCAGGUCCAGACGGCUCGCUGGUGAAAUGUCGCAGACGCCAAAAGAUGCUGUCGAUGGUCUUGGGGUUUUUGCAGAUGAAAUAACUGUUGCUCGUCUGUCGGACGGUCAUCAAACGCUGUCGUAGACAUGCACACACGGCGCACUUGCCUGAAAAUAUCCAUAACGCUGAUACAGGCCGUCCAGAUAUGAUUUGACAGUCGCGCCCUGGCUCGCGAGAGAGGCCACAAGCUCUGCAAACAUCACCUGGACGAUCAAGUCAACCAUAAGAGCUAGGUAUCUCCUGGAGACCAGACUCACGGUGGCAGCCACACCAUCUUUGUCUCGUACCUGUGAAUCGAACAUGUAACCGAUCGCUUCCUCGUACCCGAACGGAACAUCAAAUCCCUCGGCGACCAAAUUCAGCGCUGUGUUGCCGAUGAAUUUGAACCCUGCAAAUUCAUUCAGAUCGAAUCCAGCUGCGCGAAACCCCGCUAACCCGUAAGACACUCCACAAAUUUGAAUCCGUCUUUUUCCGCCAUCGCCUCGAUCAUCUUUGAGCUGACUGUCGAUGCGACCAUCGCGAGUCUGUCUACUGGCUUGCCCGCAGCUUUGUACUGCUCUAACACUCGCGAGGCGAAAAUCGUUCCUAGCUGGUCGCCCGUGAAAACGCACCAUUUUUCG